GCUCUCCUCUGAGGCUGGCUCAGAAAGGUGCGCAGGGAUACACAGAUGUAUGACUUCUCCUGGGUUUUCCUUCGUGUAUAUUUGCAUGAGUCUGAACAUCUGAGCACUCAUCUGAACACAGGCGAAAAACGGGAAGACGGGGGCAAUGGUUUGAUCUUAUCGCUUGCCCGUUUUCCUCCCCCUUAGAUAUUGGAGUUUCUCACUUUGGUUUAUCUGAUUUACCAACUGUUUUCCUCUGGACGCGGACUAGUAGUGCUGUCACCUGAACCUGGUUCAGUUGAUGCCGAGUCUCAUUACAAUGAGCGUUGACCACCAGUCGGUUGCCACAGCGCCGCUGGAUCUGAGCACCACAGCUCGACGGCGCAGGAGCGCGGGGGACUUGACCUUCUGCGCCGGGGACGCCCGGGCGACCGGCGGCUCACCUGCGCCUCCCGCGAGCACCGGCACAGACAGUUCAGCGGUUCGCCGCUCCCCGGACACGGAAAGCACCCAGUCCCGCAAACGGGUGGCGGACACGUCUCUCAUAAAGAGUCCAUCGAAGCUUCCCUUUAGGAAGCGCCCGUUUCACGUCGAACCGGAGACCCAGAAGCCGGCUGCACCGACUCCGGCGGCAGUCGCGCCCUGCUCUUCACCCGCAGAGGAGCAGAAAGUCCGGGGGAGUACGGCUGGUCGCUUGGAGAGAGCAGCGGGUGAAAGCAGGUUCGGCGUUGCACCGGUGACCCUCAGGCGGACCGAGCAAGCGACUCACUGUACGGAAGGCUACAGCUGCUGCAUUUUACCUGUCAUUAAAUACGAUCCCUACCCAGCGUGCUGCCUACCCCCAUUUCCAGAGCCACACCACCCGCGAGUCGCCCAGACUGACAACCUGCUGGCAGGAAUUUCUCUGGCCACACGUCAGGAUGAAGAUGGAGACACACCUCUCCAUAUAGCUGUGGUUCAAGGAGAAUUGCCCAUCGUCCACAGACUCAUCCAGCUGUUGCGGUUGGCUCGCAGAAGCCUUGAUAUCUACAACAACCUCCGUCAGACUCCUCUCCAUCUGGCAGUGAUAACCAAACAAGCAAACAUGGUGGAGGUUUUGUUGGGAGCAGGGGCCGACCCUGCUGUCUUGGACCGUCAUGGCCAAACAGCCCUCCAUCUCUGCUGUGAAUAUCAGCAGCUCGACUGCCUGUCUGUACUGCUGUCUUUGUCGUCAUCCUCCCUUUGCCUGGAGAUCAGAAACUUUGAAGGCCUGAGCCCUCUUCAUUUGGCUGUGCUGCAAGGCCAUCAGGAUUUGUCCAAAAUGUUGCUGGAUGCCGGAGCAGACAUCAACGCAAUGGAUAUUAAAAGUGGCCAGAGUCCUCUUAUGCAUGCUGUGGAAAGCAAUAAUGCAGAUAUGGUUCACUUCCUCAUUGAGAAUGGAUGUGACGUCAACAGCCAGUCGUACAGCGGCAACACAGCGCUGCACAUCUCUUGCGGCCGAGGUCAGGUUGACACCGUCCGGCUGCUGUUGAAGAGCGGAGCGGACAGCAGCCUCAAAAACUACCACAACGAUACGCCAGUGAUGGUGGCCAAGAAUAAAAAAAUAACAGAUGUGUUACGAGGAAGAGGCUCCAAGCAGAUGAGAGUUCUGGAGCAGCCUUGCAUGUCGGUGUCACCACAUCAGAGCUGCUAUGUGGAAAAUGGAUCCCCUUCUUCAAGCCAUAGUCGUGGCUCUUCACCACUGAUGACGCCGCACGGCCUCCAUCCUAGUGCCUCCCAUUCCUUAAAGACUUCGUCUGCGCUAUACUAGCUCAGUGCAGUAUUUCCAGUGGACCUUGCAACUACCUCCACACAUCUAAGCAUCAAACUCAGGACAUUCAGCAAUGGAUUUGUCUCACACCAGGAGAGACCAGAAAAUAUCAGCAUUAGACUCAACUGUCAAACUGGACGCAUCCCAAACGUGGCCUUCUGUGAGCUUCCAUUGCCUUACCAGAUGAGACAUCUCAAAUCAUAAGGCUGCUGUUUUGGACUCUUACCUUGUAAAUAUGUAAAAAAUAAAAAUGAAAAUGAUUAAAAAAAACUUUUAAGCGAUGCAGCCACAACAAUUAGGGAUUUCCUCUCUUGCAGGUCAGUAUGAACAGAAAUGGGAAACUGAAUGUAAGCGAGGCUGAAUGUGAAUAGACUCUUGUUAGAGAUUACCUGCACAUAUCUGUAAAUUACAUGAAAGAACGCUUAAUGUAAUCAGAGUUCUUGUGUCUUUGCCUUUAUUUUUGAUACAUGUCAGAGCAUAAACUGUAUACUAUGGGAAAUGAGAGAGAUACUUUAAAGGACAAGCAGUGAAACAUGGUUUGUUUAAAGAUCCCAGUAUUUCUUUUAGCAAAGGUUCAAUUUCUUAAGACUGCAAAUAAAACAAUCCUUCCAUAUUUAUCUAAAACCAGAAACUGUUUGUUAGUGUUUUUAGUGUUUGUAUGCCUGUAUCUAUUUUUCUACCUUGUCAGAAUUUGUUUUAUAUCAAGUUUGCUGUUCAGUUUGGAUUUUGUUGUAACCUAAUGUUCAGUCUGUUUCAUUCCUGAAUUUAAGAGCAACUCAGUACAAAUGAAGAAAUGAGGACAGCGGCCAGAGUAAAUUAAAAAUGUAAUGAGAA